AUGAUGGUGAUCGAUACUUAUGCUAACCCUCAGGCUCGUAAGGAUGUCGGAAAUAUGUUUGAAACAAACCCAAAUCUCCUCGUACUGUACGGUGCACUAUGUCCAGUCAGAUAUCAACGUGAAGUACGGUUAUAUGCUUAUCCAUCUGAAUCACCAACAUACUGGUUUCUUCUGAACAGGCAGAAAGGCUGGACGCCAAUGGUCAUAGCAGCACAACAAGGUGACUCCUAUGACGCUACGACAUUUCUCCUUGCACUGAAAUUAUUCUUCGAAGAGACGCAUUUACUCAAAAACGAAAUUGAUAUCGAGUUUGGCGCUGAAUCACACAUGAUGCAUGAGAUCGCCAAGUAUCUAGUGGAAUCGACCAAUCUUCAAGCUGGCCUUCGUCGAGAGCACUAUGUGUUCUAUAUGACACCCGAUCAGAUGCAAAAUGCUCAAAAGGUUGAAUGCGCUGUCCCCUAUGGAUAUGAGAUUUCUGAUUUGACAACCGAUGACGCCGAAAAGAUCCACGUAGCAUCUGAAAGCAAAGAGCCACUCGAAACCUUCAGAAAAAGAAUACAAAGCCUUCCUUCAUCGUGCAUUCGACAGACGUCGUCCAGCAGAGUAAUAUCCCAUGAGCUACGGUCACACUGCGGCGCGAUGGUGGAUCAGUACACGGUGCCAGAACAUCGUCGACAAGGACUUGGACAGACUGUUGAAAUGAUUCUAGCACAGAAAAUCAUGAGGUAG